AUGCUGCCAUUUAAAGUCUUGGAAUAUUUGUGCUAUUUAGUCAUUUUUAUUUUAAUGUGCAAGUUUUCGGAUGCAGCUAGCAUAGACUUCACUGAAACGAGCACAGUGGCGACACCAACUGCAACUACAUCCGCUGCUCCUACAACUGCGAACACACAGAGUAGCCGAAAACCCGAUACCAUGAAGCGGGCCUUUGGUGAAUGUGAUACUGGUUUCAGUUGGAUGUGCUUAAAAGUGGAGUUUGUCAAACUCAUUGAACGUUUAGGAGAACAAGAAGAACUGCGUCUCUUGCCAGGAGUUAGUGUCGUUAAGGACACAAAUGUAACUGAACUAAAAACUGCGGAUAUGAUGGCUGAAGUGGCGCGGAACUAUCCAAAUGAUCCUAGCUCACGUCUAAAUGGUUAUAUUGUUUCCAAAUUAACCAAUUUCUUACAGACUCGCAUGUUGCGUUUCAAAUUAAUAGACAACAAAACAGUGGCAGAAUCGAGAUCAGCAGUAGAGACUGGACGCAAAAAAUUCGGCAAAAAAGGGGGACUAGAAGCAAUUAUAGCUGCAGGUCUUAUGAUGAAAGGUACUCUUAUGGCAGUUGGCAUGGGUGCAAUAGCUCUGAUGGCUGGCAAGGCCUUAAUGACGGCUUUAAUGGCACUUACAUUGACCAGUGUGCUAGGCUUAAAAGCUUUAGCUAGUGGAGGUGGAAAAUCUACAACCUAUGAAAUCGUAGCGAAACCAGUUUAUACUUCCAGUCACUCCCAUUCAGUACAUGAAGAAGGCCAUGGACACGGUCAUUAUGGGGGAGCGCACAGUGGUAGCGGCUAUGGCGGCUACUCGCGUUCUAUAAAUGUAGAGAUGCCAAAUGAA